CAAGGUGCUCCUUAUUAGAGCUGCAGAGUGAUAGACAGAGCAGGGGAAGGCUGGAGACAGUUCCAACGGAGGAAGAGGAAAGGAACUAGAGAAAUUGUGCACAGGGAAAGUUAGAAAGAAAAAAAAGCAGUCCUACUUGUGUGCUCACCUUUCCUUGAGUGCAACUUCCCCACUCCACUACCUGAGGCACACAUACACAUACACACAUACACGUGUGGAGGUGUUUUAGGGAGGUUAACAGCGCUGACUCUCCAGGGAAAGAGGGAAUUAAACAGUUUGGUUUUCAAUCUGCCGCAUCCAUACUCGGGAGAAAAAAGGGAUUACAGCUUGUAAGCCAGCCCCACUCAUUUCUUUCUUCUCUCUGCAUUUUGUUGUCACUGAGUCACUUUGGAGAUUUUGGAUACAACCUUCGUAAAUUGUUUGUCCGAGCUCAGAGAGGCAUGGCACACGGACAAAAGAGCCACAGGUGGGCAUUAACCCAGGGCUCCUUCAGCUUGGCACUGGGCCUGACGCUCCUCUCCCUCUCGCUCCUCACCGUCUCAGCCGCAGACGAGUACGACUACUACAGCUGGCAGGCGGACAACUUCCACAACGGCCGCUUCUACACCAAGCAGCCCCAGUGUGUGGACAUACCUGCUGACCUGCGUCUGUGCCACAAUGUGGGCUACAAGAAGAUGAGGCUGCCCAACCUCCUGGACCACGAGACCAUGCCAGAAGUCAAGCAGCAGGCAGGGAGUUGGGUGCCCCUUCUGGCCAAAAGGUGCCAUGCUGACACCCAGGUCUUCCUGUGCUCCCUGUUUGCACCAGUGUGCCUCGACAGACCCAUCUACCCCUGCCGCUCACUGUGUGAGGCCGUGAGAGACAGUUGUGCUCCAGUGAUGGAGACCUAUGGCUUUCCCUGGCCAGAGAUGCUGACCUGUGAUAAGUUCCCCAUUGAUAACGACCUCUGCAUCCCCAUGCAGUUCACUGGGAACCAUGCAACACAGCCACCAGUGUCGAAGGUGUGCCCUCCAUGUGACAAUGAGAUGAAAGCAGACAACAUAAUGGAGCAUUACUGCGCAAGUGACUUUGCCCUCAAGAUGAAAAUUAAGGAGGUGAAGAAGGAGAAGGGAGACCGGAAGCUGAUUGCAGCCCAAAAGAAAAAGAGAGUGUUGAAGCAGGGCAUGCUGAGGAAGAAGGACCUGAAGAAACUGACCCUGUACAUUAAGAAUGGUGCCAACUGCCCGUGCUCACAGCUGGACAGCCUGAACUCCAACUUCCUCAUCAUGGGCCGGAAGGUGGACCAGCAACUGCUGCUCAUGUCCAUUCACAAGUGGGACAAGAAGAGCAAGGAGCUCAAGUUUGCCAUCAAGUACAUGAAGUCCCAUCAGUGUCCCACCUACCACACCGUCUUCCAGUGACACUCUUCACACUCCACCCUGUUCCACAUUAAUCCUUAUUCUUUUUCCACUA